UGGUCGUAAGUGCUGCCAUUCAUAAGUUGUACAGGUCGUAAGUCGAUGACCAAGUGUACUGGCACUGUUCAGUCGUGACUGAAAUUUUUACUUCAUGUGUCAGGUACCUGUUCCGGUCAUUAAAGUCUACGAAGUUCUUUCAGACAACCACACUCGACUGGGUUGAGGCUGGGCUACAGGUGUGUCGUCAAGGUUAUAACAUGCUGAAUCUGCUGAUACACAAUAGGGGUCUGCACUACCUGCAUCUAGACUACAAUUUCAACUUGAAACCUGUUAAGACUCUCACAGCAAAGGAGAGAGAGGAGUCUCGUUUUGGAAAUGAUAUCCAUCUGUGUCGUGAGAUCCUGCGUUUGACGAAGUUGAUUGUUGAUUCACAUGUGCAGUACCGCUUGAACAAUGUGGAUGCAUUCCAGCUGUCAGAUGGUAUUCAGUACAUCUUUGCACAUGUGGGGCAACUCACAGGAAUGUAUCGCUACAAGCACAAAGUGAUGAGGCAGAUACGGAUGUGCAAAGAUCUUAAGCACCUAAUCUACUAUCGCUUCAAUACUGGUCCAGUGGGGAAAGGCCCUGGAUGUGGUUUCUGGGCUCCAGGAUGGCGAGUUUGGCUCUUCUUCAUGCGAGGAAUCACCCCACUGCUGGAGCGAUGCCUUGGCAGCGUUUUUUCUAGACACUCCAAAAGAGUUGCCAAGACUGUCACGGAACAGAGAGUAGAAAGUCACUUUGAUCAGGAACUUCGAGCAUCUGUGAUGCGUGAUAUUGCAGACAUGAUGCCUGAAGGAAUCACACAGAAUGAAGCGAGAACCGCUCUUCAGCAUAUCUCAGAAGCUUGGCGAUGCUGGAAAGCAAACAUUCCACGGAAGUUAACUGGUCUUCCCACACCAAUUGAGAACAUGAUUCUUCAUUACCUGAAGAUGAAGGGUGACUGGUGGACCAACAUUGCUCACUAUAACCGUGAGCAUAUCCAUUGUGCAGCUACAGUUGAGAAGACAGCAUGCAAGAAGAACUUAGAUCAACUCACUCGACUGUAUGUGAAGGGUGAACAGGAACGUCAGCAUAACUUCUUGACGGUACAUUAAGUUUUGAAAUGUCCUUUUAUAUGCUUUUCACUGUUACAGUUUAUUACAGCUCUUUCAUUGAAUUGAUCUUGUUUUUGUUCUUUUAUUUAAAAUUCAAGCAGAUCCAGAUACAGAUUGAGAAGUAGAUUCACAAACCAUUGGAUAUACGAGGGUAAGUCAAUAAGUAAGCUACAGAUGCAUAUAGAACUUAAACAAAAAAGAAUAC